AUGGGUCGCCUCGUAGAUGAUUUUGUCGACGCCGUGGAGACUGAAUUUGGAAUCAUUGUCGACAAUUUUUCGGUAUCGCACAGAAUGCGCCGGUUUCCUCUUGGUCCCGUAGCCAUCGCGGCUUCGAACCAGGUCGUAGUUGAUGGCAGAGACUGUCCAACUGUGCAUAGAGGCGGCGAGCAACAGAGUGAGCAGGGAGAGGGCCAGAAAGAAGCCGAAACGCAUGGUUUGGUUUUCCUGACGACUUGUCAAUUCGACGCGGAAGCAACGUUUAAGUCAACAGUCGACGAGCAGAAUGAACGAACAUGGCGAGGAGAAGACCAGCAAGUGGACAAAGGGUGCAGUCUUUCUGAUUGA